AAAAUAAUAAUAUUUAAUUAUAAAUAAAUAAAUAAAAAUAAAUAUUAAAAACUUCUAAAAAUGAAUUAGACCAAGAUAUUAAUUGCUAUUUUAUCUUUGACUUUAUUGAUUGUUAAAGCUUAAACUAGAAACUUUUUAGGUACUUAAAUUCGAAACCAGCAAAGCACUUAAAAUUCUUAUGGAGAGAAAGAAGCAGGAGAUUUAUUCUAUGUAGAUAAAGAAAGUAGUUUAGAACGUCAUCUAUAAAACACAAGAGGUAAUGGAGGUCAGGUGGGACAAUAAGGAGGCUAAUAAGGACCUUAAAGAGGUUUAGAAGGUCAAUAAUAACAAGGCUAAGGUAGUCAAUAAGGAGACUAAUAAGGAUUUUAAGAAUUCCAAGGAACAUAAGGAGGAUAAGAUGGUCAAUAAUAAGGAGGCUAAUAGGGUUCUUAAGGAGGUCAAUAAUAAGGUGACUAAUAAGGUUCUAAAGGAGGCUAAUAAGGACCUUAAGGAGGUUUAGGAGGUCAAUAAUAACGAGGCUAAGGUAGUCAAUAAGGAUUUUAAGAAUUCCAAGGAAGAUAAGGAGGAUAAGAUAGUUAAUAAUAAGGAGGCUAGUAGGGUUCUUAAGGAGGUCAAUCAUAAGGUGACUAAUAAGGUUCUAAAGGAGGCUAAUAGAGAGGGUAGUAAGGAAAACAAGGAAAAAGUAGUCAAUAAGGAGGCUAAUAAGGUUCCUAAGGAGGUAAAUAAUAGGAUCACUAAUAAGAUUCUUAAGGAGGUUAAUUAUAGGGCAACUAAUAAGGUUCUUAAGUAGGUCGAUAAUAAGGUGACUAAUAAGGUUCUUAAGGAAGUCAAUAAUAAGGUGAGUAAUAAGAUUCUUAAGGAGGUCAACAGUAAGGAGGCUAAUAAAUAGGAUAGUAAGGACAAUAAGAAGGCUAAUAAGGUUUUUAAGCAGGUUAAUAAUAAGGAGGCUAAUAGGGUUCUUAAGGAGGCUAGUAAGGUUCAUAAGGAGGUCAAUAAUAGGAUGACUAAUAAAGUUCUUAAGGAGGUCAAUAAUAAGGAGGCUAAUCAAGAGGGUAGCAAAUACAAUAAGGCGGCUAAUAAGGUUCUUAAGGAAGUCAGUAAUAAGGUGACUAAUAAAGUUCUUAAAUAGGUCAGUAAUAAGGUGGCUAAUAAGGUUCCUAAGGAGGUCAAUAAUAGGGUGACUAAUAAGGUUCUUAAGGAUGUCAAUAAUAAGGAGGUUAAUAAAACUCUUAAGGAGGUCAAAAAUAAGGAGAUUAAUAAAGAGGGUAGUAAGGAAAAGGAGGAAAAGGUAGUCAAUAACAGGGUGACUAAUAAGGUUCUAAAGGAGGUCAAUAAUAAGGAGGCUAAUAAAAAGGAUAGUAAGAAAAAGGAGGAAAAGGUGGUCAAUAAGGAGGCUAAUAAGGUUCCUAAAGAGAAAUUUUAUUGACUUAAAAACUUGAGCAUCAAUAUGAAGAAGAAAAAUAUUCAAAUCAAUUAAAGAAAACUCUUAAAUUGAAUUAAACACCAAAAAGAUGGUGA